AUGAGUUAUUCAAGUUUUAAUCAUCAACCUAAUUUUAAACCAAUUGAUCAUUUAUAUGUAGAUAGAUUAAGACAAUUUACUGAUACUGGUGGUCAAUAUCAUAAUUUAAAUUUAACUAAAUUUUAUGAUAUUAAACGAACGCAAUUAUCAAAUUUAAAAGCAUGGAAAGUACCAGAUGAUAAAGAUGGUAAAACAUUACGUCCAUUAUUUAAAGAUAUAAAUUUUAAAGAAGUUGAAUGGCAAGAUAUUGGUUUAGGUUUUAUGUUUGGACCUUCAUGGAAAUCAUGGUGGGUUAAAUUUGAAUUAAUAAUACCUCAAGAUUAUUUAAAAUAUGAAGGUUUAGAAAUUGAAUGGGAUUCGUCAAGUGAAGGUUUAAUUUAUAAUAGUGAUGGAUUACCAUUACAAGCAUUUACAGGUGGUGAUAGAAAUAUUUUCAGUUUACCUGAACAAUAUAGAAUAACUAAACCACAGGUCUUUUUUAUUGAAGUUGCAUGUAAUGGUAUGUUUGGAAAUGGAGCAGAAGGUGAACCUGAUCCAAAUAGAUAUUUCAGAUUAAAUAAAGCUCAUUUAGUAGUACCAAACCUCGAAGCUAGGAGAUUAUUUUAUGAUUUUUGGAUUAUAGGUGAUGCUGCAAGAGAAUUUCCAAAUGGUGCAUGGCAAAAAUAUCAAGCUGCUGAUGUUGCAAAUAGAAUAAUGAAUGUAUUUGAUCCAGAAAAUGUAAAUUCAAUCAAGGAUUGUAGAAAAUUGGCACAACAAAUUUUGGGUUCUGAUAUUAAUUCAGAUGAAGUUUUCAAUAAAAAUCCAUUUCCACGUAUUGAUGUAUUUGGAGUUGGUAAUUGUCAUAUUGAUACUGCUUGGGAAUGGCCAUUUGCAGAAACAAAACGUAAAAUAGUUAGAUCAUGGACAACACAAUUGAAAAUUUGUGAUGAAUACCCUGAAUAUGUAUUUGUAGCUUCUCAAAUGCAACAAUUUAAAUGGUUAAAAGAAUUACAUCCAGAAAUAUUGGAUCAAAUUCAUGAAAAAUUUAAAUUGAAUCAAUUUAUACCUAUUGGUGGAUCAUGGGUUGAAAAUGAUACUAAUUUACCAAAUGGUGAAUCAUUAAUUAGACAAUUCUUAUUAGGUCAAAAUUGGUUAUUAGAAGAAUUUGGUUUUCAAAGUGGUGUUUUUUGGUUACCUGAUACAUUUGGAUAUAGUUCACAAAUUCCCCAAAUUUGUCAAAUUGUAGGAAUUGAAAAAUUUUUAACGCAAAAGUUAUCAUGGAAUAAUAUAAAUACAUUUCCAUUAUCUACAUUUAAUUGGAAGGGAAUUGAUGGAUCUCAAGUGCUUGUUCAUAUGCCUCCUGCAAAUACAUAUACUGCAUUGGCACAUUUUGGAGAUGUAGUUAGAUCGAGUACACAAAAUAAAAAUAUGAGAAAUGUACCAACUUCUUUGUUACUUUAUGGUUUUGGUGAUGGUGGCGGUGGUCCAACUCCAGAAAUGAUUGAAAAAUUAAGAAGAUGUAGAGGAUUAGCAAAUACAAAUGGAUUAAUACCAACCGUUGAAUUAGGUGUAACUAUAGAUGAUUUUUAUGAUCAUAUUUUAGAAAACAGUAAUCAAGGCUCAGAAUUACCUACUUGGACAGGUGAAAUCUAUCUUGAAUUUCAUAGAGGUACAUAUACUACUCAAGCAAAUAUUAAAAAAUUUAUGAGAUUAGGUGAGAUUAAAUUACAUGAUUUAGAAUUAAUUGCAAGUUUAACAAGUAUAAAAUAUCCUAAAGAUUAUCAAUAUCCAAGUAAAGAAUUACGAAUAUUAUGGGAAAAUUUAUGUUUAUGUCAAUUUCAUGAUGUAUUACCUGGUAGUUGUAUAGGCAUGGUUUACUAUGAUGAGGUCUAUCCAAUGUUGACUAAAUUGUUGAAAGAAGUUGACCUUCUCACUUUUAAAGCUUUGAGAAUAGGUAAAGAAAAAUCAAAUUCUCCAUCAGUUGUAAAUACAUUACCAUGGGAUAGAUAUAAUGAAAUAAUUCAUGUUGAAAAAGAACAAGAUGAAGAAUUAUUUGCUCAAUUAAAGAAAGACAAAGUAGGAAUAUUAUCCAAUGAUAGGGUUUUAAAAGUUUCAGUUGAUCAUGUUUCUGGUAAAUCUCAAUUCAAUAAGAAAUUAAAAUAUCCAGCAAGUAUCACCAGAAACGAUUCGUUCUUCAUUCUUUCAAAUAAAUUAUUAACUGUUAAAAUUUCAAAUACUGGUAUUUUAACAAGUUUAUAUGAUGAAGUCAAUCAACGUGAAAUAAUAGACACCACCAAGACAAAUCAAACAUAUCAAGAUAAUCAAUAUAUUGGAGGUAAUCAAUUUAUAUUAUUUGAUGAUCAACCAUUGAAUUUCCCAGCUUGGGAUACUGAAUUAUAUUCCCUUGAAAAAUUUAAAUUAUUAACUGGAUCAAAUGUUGAAAUUUUGACCAAUGACGAACUUGAAUCUUCACUUAUCGUAACUCAUAAAAUAUCAGCCGACUCGCAUAUUAAAACUACAAUUUCAUUAGCUGGUUCAAAUCAAGAACAUUCAAAUUCUUUUGUCAAAUUUGCAUCAACUGUUGAAUGGCAUGAAACUUAUAAAUUCCUUAAAGUUCAAUUUCCAAUCACUUUGAACACUACUCUUAAUGCAAAUUAUGAAACUCAAUUUGGUUUAACUUCACGUCCAACUCAUUUUAAUACUACUUGGGAUAUUGCAAGAUUUGAGGUUUGUCAUCAUAAAUUUAUGGAUUUAAGUGAAUAUAAUUAUGGUGUUUCAAUUUUGAAUAAUUCAAAAUAUGGAGCUGCAAUUCAUGGAAAUUUAAUGAGAUUAUCAUUAUUAAGAUCGCCUAAAGCUCCUGAUAAUAAAGCAGAUAUGGGUACUCAUCAUUUCGAAUAUGCAAUAUAUCCACAUAAUGGUCCAUUAAGUAUGGAUACAGUUAAAUUGGGAUGGAAUUUCAAUUAUAAAUUGGUUCCAAAAAAAAGUUAUGACAGUGAAUUGUUUAAUUUGAUUAAAUUGGAAACUGAAGGUAGUUUGGUAUUAAGUCAUGUUAAAAGAGGUGAAUAUGAUGAUGGAAUAAGUAAUUAUAAAUCAUUAAUUAAGAAAGGUGAAAAGAGUUUAGUUCUUCGUGUGUAUGAAGCUUUGGGAGGUAAAAGUAAUGGUACAAUUGUUUUGGAUAAAGGACUUGGUGUUAAAUCUGUUUUUAAAACUUGUGGUUUGGAAAGAGAUAUUGAGGAAUUGAAAAUUGGUAAAGAUGGUAAAGUUGAUAUUGAAUUGAAGGCAUUUGAAAUUGCAACUUUUAAAUUAUAUUUGAAAUAA